AUGGGGAGAACAAAUACACUGGACCAGUUGAAUGCUAUCUCCGAUAAGAAUACCAAAAGGAAAUCUUUGGCAUUAGAUAACGAAUAUCAUAACAAUUCUUCUUCCGAAGAUGAUAGCUCUAAGAUAGAGCUUUCAUAUACUAUUCCCGAUAACAAUAACAUAAUUCUGCAAGAAACUACAACGUCAGUAGAAGAUGUUUUAUCUGUAUCAAGUGCUCCACAAAAUGAGUUGCGAUUGAGGAAGCAAAAGAGCAACAAUCAAGACUCACCUGUUGAUUUAAAUGGAGUUAUAGUCGAUGUUUCAAAAAGAGAAAAGAUUUUUUUAAAAAGGAAAAGACAAAUCGAUAACAAGCAUGGAUCUGAUAAGUCUAAGUACUUAUCUCGAUUCAAUGAUAUCACAUUCAAAGCAAAAUCUUCGACGAUCUUUGAAUCGGAUGAAUUUUAUAAAACGGAUUUCUUUGGGAUGUAUGUUUUGUUUUGGUUGGCAACAGCUUUUGCUAUGGUAAAUAACCUUAUUCAUACAUAUUUUGAAAACUCAACCCCUAUUUUGCAAUGGACUGUGGUAAAGGUGUUUAAGCGAGACUUGUUUAAAGUUGGAUUAGUCGAUUUGGCAAUGUAUUUAUCUACUUAUUUUGCCUUUUUCGUGCAAUAUGCUUGUAAAAAUGGAUAUUUAUCAUGGAAAAAAGUUGGCUGGUGGCUACAAGCAGCAUUUGAUGGUUUAUUUUUAUUUUUUUGGUUAUGGAUAGCUCUGGAAUAUUGCUUGGAUUUCCCAUGGAUUGCCAAAGUAUUUUUAGUGCUCCACAGUUUGGUAUUUAUUAUGAAGAUGCACUCUUACGCAUUUUACAAUGGAUACCUCUGGCUGAUUUACAAAGAAGGGUUAUACUCAGAGAAAUAUCUUGAUAAAUUAACAAAUGGAAAAGUUACAUUACCAAAAGGACACACCAAAAACGAAACAGAAAAAGUACUUCAGGAAAGUAUAGCUUUCACCAAAUAUGAAUUAGAAUAUCAAUCCCACGCUACUACAGAGAAUCCCGACGAUCAUCAUGUAUUCGAUAUAGAUCAGACAGAUAAGUCAAUUGCCAAACUACAACAAGAAGGGUUGAUCAAAUUCCCACAGAAUAUAACUUUAUUCAAUUAUUUUGAGUACAGCAUGUUCCCAACAUUGGUGUACACUUUAAAUUUCCCAAGAACAAAAAGAAUUAGAUGGUCAUAUGUAUUUGGUAAAACGUUUGGGAUUUUUGGUCUUAUUUUCUUAAUGAUCCUUAUUGCUGAAAACAACUUGUAUCCAAUAGUUCUUAGAUGUGAGAUUGCCAGAAAGUUGCCAGUACUGGAAAGAAUCCCACAAUAUUUUUUCUUAUUGAUGGAUAUGAUCCCACCAUUCUUGAUGGUAUAUUUGUUUACGUUCUUUUUGAUUUGGGAUGCCAUUCUUAAUGCAAUUGCCGAAUUGUCGAAAUUUGCUGAUCGUGAUUUUUAUGGGCCCUGGUGGUCAUGCACUGAUUUUUCAGAAUUUGCCAAUCAAUGGAAUCGUUGUGUUCACAAGUUUCUCUUGAGACAUGUUUACCAUUCCAGUAUCAGUGCAUUCGAUGUGAAUAAACAACUGGCAGCAAUAAUCACGUUCUUAUUGUCGAGUUUAGUACACGAGCUUGUGAUGUAUGUCAUUUUUGGAACUUUGAGAGGCUAUUUGUUAUUAUUCCAAAUGUCACAGAUACCAUUGAUUAUUAUGAGUAGAAGUAAAUUUAUGAAGGACAAAAAGGUGUUAGGUAACAUAAUUUGUUGGUUUGGUUUUAUUAGCGGUCCAAGUAUUAUUUGUACACUUUAUUUAGUGUUUUAA